AUGAAAACGAGAAAAAACGAUUACGGGGAAGUGAAGACAAUUGUAAAGCGAAAAUAUACGAAGAAAGUGAAAGUUAAAGAAGAAGUAUUACAGAAUAGCGAGAUAGAGUUACCUAAGUUUAUUAGAAGUCAUCCAGAAGUACUCAAGAAUCACCCCGGUUCAAAACCGAUUACUAGUUCAACAUACCCUCCUACAUCCGAUUCUCUGUACCCUCCCCUUAUUAUCAACAAAUUACACUUUAUUUUUCGUUUCUCACUUCUUUCUAUUCAUUCGCCCCCGCAAUCUUACUUUCAUAAUCGUCAAACUAAACCUCUGCCUAUACCGUUAUCUCAAGUUCCCUUCUCUGCUCCGAAAGGUCUCAUUUUCACUCCUAACCCUCGAAUCUCACAAUAUUCUGAAGCUACCCGUUUAGAAAUCAAAAGAAUUUAUACUCUUACACCGAAUACUGCUACCGCGAUGUCGAAUACCGGGAACACACCGACAGGCGCUCCGCCUGGAACUCGACAGCCACCACCCCACACAGCCCCAUCUACCGCUUCUAUAGAAGACUACCGUUCCAACAAGUUCCAACUUCAAUUGCCGGGUUUUGUAAAAGGUUGUGUUAGCGAACUCAAACCCGAUGGAUCUAACUACGUUGAAUGGGAGUUCAAGAUGAAGAGAUGUAUUGAUCGAGUCACAAAAGUUCAGAAUUACCUUGACAAAGAGAACAUGUCGAUCACGGACCCCGAUGGUGACGGUGUUGUAUUCUCGAUGAUCGAACUUGCCGUACCUUUCGAAAUCCAACGACGCCUUUCUGGAUCGGCUAAAGACGCUUUACGUACGAUUAGGAGCCUCUUCUUCUUCCCAAGUAGAAGCGGUCACAUGGCUACGUGGAGAGAGGUGCUGGAGAUCAAGUAUGAUGAUGUCUCUGAAAUCGGUGACUACUUCAGGAAAAUCGACCAGAAGAUAUCCGAUCUGGACAGAGCUGGUUUUGAAUGGACUAAGGAUUCGAUCACCGGUGUUCUCUACCAAAUUGGACUGGGUAAUGCUUUUACCAACGUGAAUAACACAUUGAAUGCUCGACUGCGAUCUACACCAGCGAUUCAAGUCACUGCGCGUGAGGUAGAAGAAACAAUUCGAGCUGAAAAACAGACCCAUCAAACCGACAAUAUCACUCCGACCUUCAGUCAACUAGACAUCAAUGAUCACGCAGACUUCAAUGCUUUUCAAACUUCUCCUAGUAUGAACAGACGUGGAGCUGGUAAUACUGGUGUAUCUUAUAGAUCAGCAACUUCUUCGAGAGGUAGAGGGGUAUUCGCUCAUACACCACCAUCACAACCUCGUUAUCUUAAUACCCCAACCAGAACAUACCAAUUGACACCUCGAGUCGGUUCUCAAGUCACGCCGAAAUACGUUCCACCAGCUCCCAACGUUGUGUCGAAGUUUCAUCCAUCCCUUUACAAGGACUCCAUCUGUUUCGUGUGCUCCAAUACCGGCCAUUGGUCAGAUACCUGCCCGACCAAGUACCCCCCAAAACAUCAUCAGCCACAACCAUCCACUAGUCGUGAACCCGUUCCGCCUCGUUCCUUUCGUCUCAACCUUAUCGAUGCGAACGGGGCAGCUUUCACUGUGGAUGCGACAGGGGUAGAGGAUGAUGAUGGGCCGUUGCCUGAUGGCAUCUGGGCGUCUGAGGGUACGCUCACUGAGGUGUGGGACAACCCGGACGAAGGUGUGAGUGAUACUGGUGCCACCCAUACGGUGACUGGUAAACUCACAUGCUUAACUGAUGUCCGUGUCCUUCCUAGGCCGAUACCAAUAAGGGUGGCGACCAAAGCACCUAAGGCUUACGUCACACAUGCGGGGACGAUGCACGUCAAAGGAGACGACGGAAGAUCAAUUGCCGUACCGGACACCUUUUAUUCACCCCUGGCCAGCAGUACACUCAUCUCGAUCCCUCAACUUAUUCAAUCAGGUGGAUCAUGGGAGGCUAAGGAUGGAAAGAUGAAGCUUGUAUUCCCGUGUGGUGGAACUGAGGUGGACCAUUCCUGUAAUGCAUGCCUCGGCAACUGA